AUGAAACACUUAUGGCAGAUUUUUGUCCUAUGGGUCUUCUGGGUGUUCAUCUUGUGGCUGAUGGCCUCCUGCCUGGAUCAGAAACCUGAAUCAGCACCCUGGGAAAAACUGAUGUACUUGGUACCACGGCCUUGCAACUGCUCUUGGUUCAAAUUCAGGAAAUGUGGCUGCCCAUCUGGGACUCUCAACUCAUCUCUUUACCAUCCCACAGUCAGAGAAUGGAACUGGUUUGACACAUGCUAUGGGAAGAUGAUGGGGUACCUGAAGGGGGCAACAGAGUCCAUGACUUCUGAUGCUGUGCUCCAGUGGUUGGGCACGAACUCAGCAAGUGAGCUGGACAAAGUGUGGAAGAAGCUGUUCAAGGUGAUUCCCAGACCUUCAGCAAGUCAUUUUGAUCUCUACUGUGGGACUUGUGUGUUGGGGAACUUGAAGAUCCUGCAGGCCUCCAGCCUCCACAACAACGUCAACCAACACACCGCAGUCUGCAGGAAUGUUGGAGACCAGGGUUCCUGGAGACAGCUGGUGCUGCUGGUCCUGAAGCUUUUUGAUUUGGCAUGGACUUCAGAUGCUCUGAGUGAGGAGGUGAUGGUCUUGGAACACAGACAUUCUUAA